AUGGUCCUUUCCAUCACGUUCCUUGGUGUCGCAAGCCUAGGCGCCGUGGCGCUUGGCCAGGUUACUGUCGACACCACCUCCAAACUGCAAAGAAUCGACGGCUUUGGCUUCUUCCAGGCUUUUGGUCGCGCCAAGGAGUUCCAGAAUGGGCCUGUGACUCUUCAAAAGGAGGCUCUUGAUCUUCUCUUCAGCCCUACCAAGGGUGCCGGAUUCAGCAUUAUCCGUAACCGCAUCGGUUCCGGGGGUAAAGGAGAUAGCAUCCUUCCCACGAGUCCUGGAUCGCCUCCAGGCAAGCCAACCUAUACCUGGGACGACGAUGACGCCGGCCAGGUUUGGUUCACAAAGCAGGCCAUUAGCUACGGGGUGAAUCAAAUCUACGCUGAUGCUUGGAGUGCUCCUGGAUUCAUGAAGACCAGUGGCAACGAGGCGACGGCGGGAUAUUUAUGCGGCACAACUGGUCACACUUGCUCAUCUGGUGAUUGGCGGCAAGCCUACGCCGAUUUCCUUGUGCAGUAUGUGAAGUACUACCAGCAAGCUGGACUCAAUAUUACCCACCUCGGCUUUCUCAACGAGCCCGACUUUUCCCCGGGAUACUCCCAAAUGCAAAUCAGCUUCAAUGCUCAGGAAGCGAUCUCUUUCAUCCCCAUCCUGUCCAAGGCUGUCCAAUCUGCCGGUCUCAAGACCGCAGUCACUUGCUGUGAUGCCGUCGGCUGGGGCUCAACCGUCAAAUAUACCAGCGCUCUCGUUGCCGCCGGUAUGGAAUCCCACUUGGGUCUAAUCACCUCGCACACCUACUCAGGCGACGCCAACACCGCUCUGAACACCAAACUAUCUUCGUGGGUUACCGAGUCUGGCAUCACUACAGCCUUCGAUCUGACCUGGUACAAGAGUGGCGGUGCAACCGAAGGCAUGACCUGGGCGAACAAAAUUGCCGUUGGCAUCAUCAACGCCAAGCUCUCUGCCUAUCUCUACUGGGAGGGCUUCGAACUCAAGCAGCUACAGUCAGAUUCCCACCUUAUCGAUACCCAGGAUGGCAAGAUCACGACGCCAUCGGCUAACUUCUGGGCAUUUGCAAUGUGGUCGCGGCACAUCCGCCCCGGCGCACAAAGAUUGCAGACGUCGGGCAUGGUGGCGUCCGACGUCUUGAUGGCAGCUGUUCAAAAUAAGGAUGGGUCUAUAGUGGUCAUCUUCACGAACAAUGACAGUGCUGCCAAGGCUGCUAGCGUAUUGUUCAAAGGUUUCACUCCCAGGGCUGCAAGCGCGUGGGUCACUGACAACACCCACAAGUUCGCUUCCACGGGAGCCAGCAUCUCGGGCUCCGGGGUAUCCGUCUCUGUUCCUUCCAAGGGUGUAGUCACUGUUAAGUUGACCUGA